AUGAACGCUGCUGAAAUUAAACAGACUAUCCUUAAGAAUUUGGCCAGCCAAAUGAAUGACCAAGGAUACUUUACCGAACAAUCAUUCUAUCAUCCUUUGACCAAGACCAAGGAUGCCAAGUUGCCAAGUGAUAGAACCAACGUUCCAAACGCUGAUAUUUUGAAUAGAACAAAGGAAGGAUAUCUUUCAAACGAACAAAUUUUGGACAUCUUCGGCAAGCCUCUCGACUCGAAGGAUUAUGAACUUACGACAACAGAGCAAGAUCUUUUGAAGAAUGAUCCUUCACAAUUCAAGUCUGUGUUACACUUGACUCCUGCUGCUCCUUGCAGGGCUCAUUUAUUGAAUAUGUAUUUGGAUGAAUGUGGUGAUGAGAAACUCGGUAAGAGCAACGAUACCAUGUUGCAAUGGUCUCAAUGCAAUGGACACUUCUACAAGUGGACUACAUGCCUUGCUAAACACAGAAAGUGGUAUGAAGCACGUUUCAACUCUCUUACAAAGGUUGUUCCUUCACCAGUCGAAAGAGGUAUUCAAGACACUCAUCAUAGAAGAGAUCCAUCGACUUACCGUGCUCCAAACUUUGAUAACUAA